AUGGACAACUGCCCAGAGGACCGUUCACUGUACUGGCUGGACAGAGAAACCCAGAAGCGCCUAUGCAGGCAGGGCCAGGAGGUGCUGCAGCGGGCGCAGACGAGAGCUGUCAACUGGUGCUCACUGGCAGAAGACCUUCGAGGAGAAGGGGAGGCAAUGGGCCUGGAUACUGCAUUCAAAACAGUGAUGGAAUACAUGGAUUACGUUUCAAGUCAGUGUGGGAAGUUUCAUGCUCUGGCACCAGAAAAGGUAGCACUGAACCACGUCUGCAGAUAUCACCGAAACCAAUUGAACCCAUCACCUUACCAGUCAAGACAGGAAAAAUCCACAUCCCACGACCCUAGAGAGAGCUACCAAGUAACAAAGAUUGGCCCAGGACUAUCCAGAUUUGACCCAGGACCAUCCAAGUUUGACUCAGGUCCAUCCAGGUUUGACCCAGCAUCAUCCAGGUUUGACCCAAGACCAUCCAGGUUUGACCCAGGAUCUUCCGAGUUUGGCCCAGGACCAUCCAAGUCUGUGGCCAGAACAAGUUCCCAGGACAUCACGAUAGAAGUUUAUCCGGGGACCUACGCUGUCACAGUGGGGUCCCCUGACGUAACCACAACGCACAUGGUGGAGGUUGACUCAGGACAAAUCAUCGAUCUGAGUUUUCCCCUUUAA